CCACCCAGCCCCACUCAGUGGCUGUCACCCUUCUAAUGGGGCUGGCAGGAGGGUCCCUGGUUGACACACCCCAUGGCAUCUCUCUGCAGAACGGCGCCGUGCCCGGGGAGCAGGGCAAGCAGGACAAGAGUGUCAAGCGCGGCAACUGGGGCAACCAGAUCGAGUUCGUGCUGACCAGCGUGGGCUACGCUGUGGGGCUGGGCAACGUCUGGCGCUUCCCGUACCUCUGCUACCGCAAUGGGGGAGGUGCCUUCAUGUUCCCCUACUUCAUCAUGCUGGUGUUCUGUGGCAUCCCCCUCUUCUUCAUGGAGCUUUCCUUCGGGCAGUUCGCUAGCCAGGGCUGCCUUGGUGUCUGGAGGGUCAGCCCCAUGUUCAAAGGCGUGGGCUACGGGAUGAUGGUGGUGUCCACGUACAUCGGGAUCUACUACAACGUGGUGAUCUGUAUUGCCUUCUACUACUUCUUUGUGUCCAUGACGCCCGUGCUGCCCUGGACAUACUGCAGCAACCCCUGGAACACACGCGACUGCGCAGGGGUGCUGGAUGGGAACCUCUCCAGCCACACUGCCCUCAACCUCACCCACCUCCUCAACUCCACCCAGAAGCGCACCAGCCCCAGCGAAGAGUACUGGAGGAGGUACGUGCUGGACCUGUCGGAUGACAUCGGGAACCUGGGCGAGGUGCGGCUGCCCCUCCUGGGCUGCCUCGGCGUGUCCUGGGUUGUUGUCUUCCUCUGCCUCAUCAAGGGUGUCAAAUCCUCAGGGAAGGUGGUGUACUUCACGGCCACCUUCCCCUAUGUGGUGCUCACCAUCCUCUUCGUGCGCGGCAUCACGCUGGAGGGGGCUGUCACCGGCAUCAUGUACUACCUGACGCCCCAGUGGGACAAGAUCCUCAAUGCCAAGGUAUGGGGUGAUGCAGCCUCGCAGAUCUUCUAUUCGCUGGGCUGCGCCUGGGGCGGACUCAUCACCAUGGCCUCCUACAACAAGUUCCACAACAACUGCUACCGGGACAGCAUCAUCAUCAGCAUCACCAACUGCGCCACCAGUGUGUACGCCGGCUUCGUUAUCUUCUCCAUCCUGGGCUUCAUGGCCAAACAUUUGGGUGUGGACGUGUCCAAGGUGGCUGACCACGGCCCCGGCCUGGCCUUUGUCGCCUACCCUGAGGCCCUCACUCUGCUCCCUAUCUCUCCCCUCUGGUCCAUCCUCUUCUUCUUCAUGCUUAUCCUCCUGGGGCUAGGCACACAGUUUUGCCUGCUGGAGACGCUGGUCACUGCUAUCGUGGAUGAGGUGGGCAACGAAUGGAUCAUCCGCAGGAAGACUUUUGUGACGCUGGGGGUGGCCGUGGUGGGCUUCCUGCUGGGUGUCCCGCUUACCACACAGGCGGGCAUCUACUGGCUCUUGCUGAUGGACAACUACGCUGCCAGCUUCUCCUUGGUCGUCAUCUCCUGCAUCAUGUGUGUGGCCAUCAUGUAUGUUUAUGGAUACCGCAACUACUUCAAGGACAUUGAGAUGAUGCUGGGCUUCCCACCUCCACUGUUCUUCCAGAUCUGCUGGCGCUUCAUCUCUCCUGCCAUCAUCUUUUUCAUCCUGGUCUUCACAGUGAUCCAGUACCGGCCCAUCUCCUACAACGACUAUGUCUACCCCACCUGGGCCAUCAGCAUCGGCUUCCUCAUGGCACUCUCCUCAGUGAUCUGCAUCCCCAUCUACGCUAUCUACAAAGUGUGCCGCUCUGAGGGAGACACCCUGCUGGAGCGCUUGAAAAAUGCUACCAAGGCAAGCAAGGACUGGGGCCCAGCGCUGGCAGAGCACCGCAGCGGGCGCUACGCCCCGGUGUUCAGCCCCUCCACCGAGUCCCACCUGGAGGUGCAGCCCCUGCAGCCAGAGAAGGGCCAGAGCGAGGCAGCGGCUGGACACUUUUUGCACCUUCCGCUGGCGGAGCCUGGCUCCGGGCUGCACCGGACUGCGGGGGGCUCUCAGCGCCCAUUCCCGAGCCCCCCACCCCUCCUCGCCGGUUAA